UGCCCUCCCAGACCCCCAUACCCGUUUUCCGCGAGCGUUGUCUCAUUUCAUCCUCUUCUCAUCCUCCUCCAUCUACGUUCCUCUCCAGGGUGCAGUUGGUCCGUCAGGCAGGCCCUCUUUUCUAUCUGUCACUCCCUACCUCUCUCAUCCAACCACUUGUAUCUUUCACCUCAGUUCUGUGAAUUGCUUCUUUCCCAACAAUACCUCCCAGCCCGGGCCCAGCCUCUUACACGCACCACUAACAACACCGCCGCCCAUCCAUCUCUCAGUCGCAUCGGACACACCGUCGAGCUUCACACAAAACAGCAACAAGAGGUUCCAAUACCGCAAACACUUACAAGACGCACCCGAGUUCAGCGGACCGCGUUCCCCUCCGGCAUCCCUCUCAUCAGGCUCGUAAUCGUUCUCAAACCCACCCCCUACGUACUAUUGCUGGGGUUGAAGAGCUUGGUCCUAAAGGCCCACAGUCACACCCUGCCAACAUUCAGUUGUUUCUUAUGCCUACCAGCUCUACUUACAUUGCCAAACCCACCUAUUGCUCCCUGUUAUGCCUGAGCGCAUCGCCGUUCUUGACCGUCUUAUACUCACAUCACUGCCCACGCACUUCCCCUUCAGAAACUGUCUGCUCGACUCGCCAUCAUAAGCAUUCGCUUGAAAUCGACGUCUGGCUAGAUCAACCGACCCAGCCAUGGCCGAUGCCGAGCCGAGCAGCCCCAGGGCUGCCAACUUUGCGGAAACACUGCAGUACCGUGCGACACAGUCCCGCAGAGCACGACCGCCCAAUGUGCAAACCGCCGCCGGAGAGUCGACCCGCGUGCCUUUGCGCUCCGACAAGAGGCUCACCAGGCGAGACUCGCGACUCGGACUGAAGGGCAUCUUUGGCAGAGCAAAGGCCGCUCGUGAAGUCGACCCCACCUCGUCCUACUUCGACACCGGGCGACCCAACAGCAUUCGCGCCUCGCUGGCCGAGAUUAGCAACUGGCCUCAGAUGCGAUCCGAACUCGCCUUACCCGGCAGCCAUUCGCGACCGACGUCCGUCGCAACCAACCCGCCCUUUAACGACUUUUCCCUUCAGAGAAGACCAACUACCUCGCAAAAGUCCAGGCCACAUGUCGCACCUGCGGCGAGGCCAUCUCGGGGCAACCUCGCGACCUGGGAUCCCCCGCCAUUAUUUCAAGCAUAUCCUCAAGCGAUCAAGCAUGCACAGCUCCCAGCGGCCACGACGUCCGCCGACGUUAUUCUUCGCCUGACCGACCGAAAAGGCAGCGUCAGCCUUCGUGACGACCUGACACAGCUCGCACUCACCCCGGAGCUGGCUGAAGAGCACCGGACAGCCGAGAGGGCGCGCAAGAAACAUUUACGAACGCUGUCGACCGUGAGACUUGAAUGGACAACCAAGAUUUAUGUCCUCUGCACGUCGGGCUACCUGCUGCAAUAUGCUGGGGAUGGCAACUUUGAUCGUCUACCAGAAAAGGUGCUCCACUUAAGCAAGGACUCUGCUGCGUUUGUCAGUGACGCGAUUCCCGGGAAGCAUUGGGUUCUCCAGGUGUCUUCGGUGACGGAGUCUAACGGCCUCUCUACCACCGAUUCCCGUUCGCUGCUGGCACGCCUGCCCUUCCGCGCAUCCGACAAGAGGCAUGCCGACAACUUCCUCAUGGUCUUUGACAGCGCCGAUGAGAUGGAGUCAUGGAUCAGUAUCCUACGCCGGGAAAUCGAAGCUCUUGGGGGGAAGAAGAACCUCUCAGAGACCGGCAGGCCAAGAGCAGAUGACAAAGUCGCCGAGCUUCGGAUUCAGCCGAGCCAGCGCACUCUGGUCGUCCGUGACCCUGACAGGUUUUCGCGAUUACUCGCGCCGGACUUCUCCCUACAACUGGAGCAAGCGAGGCUGCAUGAGGACGAGCGUCGUUCCGUCACAGAUGCCGACAUGACCCGUGACCCCUCAAUCGACGACAUCUCCACCACCAACAGUAUCAUCUCGCACGACGGCCGCCAACUCGACAGCUUGCGCGACAGCACCAAUCGACUCUCGUAUAUCUCGUCUGGUCAACGUACUUUUCUCACGUCUGCCGGCUCCUCUCCUGCGUGCUCUCCAGUCCGCGACAGCUUCGUCAGCAGCCAUCUUGACGACCUGCCCCCUCCGGUCCAAGAGAACCAGAACCUCACGGCCAGACCGAGACCGAACGCCGCAGCGAUUCUUGACCGUAGGCAGUCUUUGCAAAACUCGGGCUACCUAGAGCUCCGGGGCUCGCCCAUGUCGCGGUCUCAGUCCACGUACACCGAGGCCGAUUUUGCGCACGUUGCCGCAAACUUCAGCGUUCCCAUCAGCAGGCGUUACAGUGCCGUCAAGAGCCCUUGUUCUAGUCCCGAGCAGGUGAGAGGCCGGGAUUCCAUCCCCCGGGUUGCCCGCAAAACUCCCCCAACCGCGCUCGCCAUGGCGCGGCCCCUGUCGAUUGUGGCAGACCAGCCAUCCCCGGUGCAGGGUCUCGAGGCCGUGGAGGGCCAGGCAGCUGUGCUCGCACGUGUCCCGGAAACACAGGAGCGACCGACUUCGGCCAGCGAUGUGUCGGGUGCGUUCCCUCCCAGACAAGCCAGCCUUGGUCCCAAGGAGCAGGCUGUCACGGUGACUCUUCGGACGAACCCGCGAAGGCACGCUAGCUCGCCAUCCCUCAGCAAGCUGGAAGAGGUGCCUCUCUCGCCAGAGCUUCGGACCUUCAUCCUCCCGUCCAAGACUCCAAGCCCGGCAUCGUCUUGCGACGCUGCACGCGACUCUCCUCUCCCACUGUCAUCGACCGGGCCUCGCUCUCCCGCCCAAAUGGCCUCCAAAAGGUACAGCAUGCAUUCUACCUUGAGUCUGUCCCCCGGGAGCGACGACAUGAUCACCCCUCUCCCGACGUCUCCCAUGGUAGCAACGACAUCUCCCAGGGCGCCGCCUCGGGCAGCGCCGACAACCCCUCCCGCUCCAUCAAGCAAGCAAAUGCUCCGCGUUGACCAUUCGAGAGCUAGCCUAAACAGACGCAGCAUGCCUCAACUCGCCGAGGGACCCCCACCAGCACCGCCACCAAACUGCGCGCUGCCUCCCAUUCCUCAGAAACUACGCCCCAGAGCGUAGGCUGUCUGUCCUUCGCUUGUUCCAUUCACAAGAUCAACCAUUUCCCUUUUGCUUUCUUCUGACCACGGCCCAUAGAGCAGCCCACAACGGCGCAGGUGUCACGUUUCCUAUGUCUUUUGGUUACUUUGGUUUUGGUGUUUGCGUCAUACCCCUUUGCUGCGCAAAUCGGCGUUUAUCGGAUAGAAAGGCGCCCUCUCCGUGGUUCGCCAUCUGGACGGCCUUUGGACUGUUUCGACGGUGGUGGCGGGCAUAGAAAGCAUGGCUGGUUUUGGCAGAUGCAGAAAGAGGCAACGAAAUCCCUGGGAUGGGCCCCCGGGUGACGCAUCGUAUGACCUGUAUCAGUAUAGAAGGCGCCUUUAUGAGGCAGUAAAAUUCAAAGACAUAAAAUGGAACACAAGUGUUAUCUGAGUGUGAAGUGCGAUAUAUAUUUAUUCUUGACUGUGAU